AUGUCCCUACCAACGACGUACAACGUGAGGAACAAUAAGGCUUCUCUAGUGGGCAGCUGGGUCGAGGAAGACGCUCUCCGUGACAAGACCGGCAACGCCAGUCGAAAGGUACCAGCACCUUACUUCGCACCAGGAAAUCUUGGAUCGAGCCGACAUACGAGCGUUCAUGCCAGCGAGAUCACAUCACCUCUGUUCGAAACUACACUCCGAGCGAGCCACCGGUACGCCGGCUACGCGGCAGCUAAGCCAGGGUCUGGACCUCGAAAAUUUCUUCGUGGCCAGCUCUUAGCUGAGACUGCCCAGCGUCUUCACAGUAAGCAGCGUGCACGCGAACGAGAGGAGCAACAACUCGAUUGCCACGAAGCAGCACUCACGACGAUAGCGAGUUCGUACCUACCGGUGGACACGUCGGCGCUAGUCAAGGAGCCGAUUCCUCGAGGACGCGAUGGCUCUCUGGCUCCAUCGACCAAAUGA